UACGUUUUUCGAGAAUACCGCAUUCUGGCAUGUUAUGAUUCGGUUAAGUAUGUUUUACCAGUAGAAAGUUUUCUAUUGUUGAUUAUUCGCAAGAAAAUACAAACAUAAGAAUAACAAUCUCUACUGCAGGUUACAACCGCGUCAUUGCGGGCGUCAGUUUUAGAUCAUUAUCUGAUUAAUUCUGACAGACAUAUAUCGUCAAACGCAGAACGUGUCAAAAAGACGCUUGGACGCCAUGAUGGACGGUAUAUGCGAUACUACCGACAUUUUAAGUAACGUCCCUCCUAAGAAGACAAUUCAUGCAGAGAAUGUAGAUCUCUCUGACAAGUCAUUGCAGGUGGAUAUUUCAGAUGCUCUUAGCGAAAAGGAUAAAGUAAAAUUCACUGUACAUACGAAAACUACACUACCCGAAUUUCAAAAGCCAGAUAAUUUAGUAGUAAGGCAACACGAAGAAUUUGUGUGGUUACACGAUCGAUUUGAAGAAAAUGAAGAAUAUGCUGGCUAUAUUAUUCCUCCUUGUCCACCACGACCAGAUUUCGAUGCAUCUAGAGAAAAAUUGCAAAAACUUGGGGAGGGUGAGGGUAACAUGACUCGCGAAGAAUUCAAUAAAAUGAAACAAGAAUUGGAAGCCGAGUAUUUAGCAACAUUUAAAAAAACUGUUGCUAUGCACGAAAUGUUUUUAACAAGACUAGCAAACCACCCAGUUUUUCGAAAUGAUCAUAAUUUAAGAGUAUUUUUAGAAUAUGAUCAAGAUCUUUGUGUGAGAGGAAAAAAUAAAAUGGAAGUAUUUGGUGGUUUGGUAAAAUCAUUUUCUACCACCACGGAUGAAUAUUACUUGUCUGCAACUGUAAAAGAUGUGAAUGACUUUUUUGAUCAGGAAAUGACAUUUUUGCAAACUUAUCAUCAUAAUCUAAAAGAAGCAACAGUUCGCGCAGAUCGGCAAACAGCUAAACAUAAAGAUGUAGCUGAUUCUUAUAUAAAGAUUUCUACAAAUCUUUUACAAUUAGCUACAACUGAUAAUGGUAAACUAGAAAAAUUUUUAACAAAAAUUGCAGAAACUUUUGAGAAAUUGAGGAAAGUUGAAGGACGAGUAGCAUCUGAUGAAGAUUUAAAAUUGUCAGACACUCUUCGUUACUACAUGAGGGAUACAGCUGCAGCCAAACGACUGCUUUUUAGGAGAUUAAAAGCUUUACACGCAUAUGAAUCUGCAAAUCGUGCUCUUGAAAAAGCUCGUGCCAAAAAUAAAGAUGUUCAUGCUGCAGUGGAGGUUGCUGAGGCAGAACAAGCUCAAACAGAAGCAUGUGAAAAAUUUGAACAAAUGUCGGAAAAAGGAAAAGAAGAAUUGACGGAUUUCAAAACAAGAAGAGUAGCUGCUUUUAGAAAGAAUCUAAUCGAAUUAACGGAACUAGAAAUAAAACAUGCAAAAGCACACGCGGAAUUGCUCAAAAAAUGUUUAUCGGUGUUACGAGAACAGUGAUCCAAUUUGAUAAUUGUCAUGGCAAAGAUUACUAUGUAAUCUGUAUGAAGAUAACAAUUUAUUUAAAGCUAUAGUAAUGUAACGGUACUGUAAAAUAUAUAUUUUUUGUUAUCUAGAUUUACAUUACUACGAGAAUGAAAUCGUAUUAUGAACUGCAAAAGGACUCCUCGUGAAAUUAAUCGAAUGAUGUUGUCUACUAUUUUCAAAUUGUAAAAAUCUAUGUAAAUGUUACAAUUGUUUAUGCUUGAAAGGUAGUUAUCUUUUAUAUAAAAUUUCUUAAUGAAAUAUUUCAUUAAAAAUUGUAGGGUAUAGAUACAUUCUAUCGAGUUCUUUUGUAGUUUUAAAUUAAUAACCUGUUAUAAUCUGUAAGAUUCUUUAUAUUACAUAUAUGUAUUAUGUGUAUGUGCAAGCUGUUUUUUAAUGUGUGCUACAUUCAGGAAAUAAGAGAUUCAUGAAUUUCUGAUAAAUUCGAUCGCUAAUGAUUGAAAGUAUAGAUUACCACGGCAAUAUAAUGAAAUAUUAAGAAUUACGUUUUUUUUAAAAGAAUCUCUUGUUUCCAAAAUCUAUCACAUUUUAUGAAACGUCCUGUAUAUAACGACUGUAUGUAUACAUGCACGUAUACGUAUAAGUAAAAAACCUAACAGGGAACAUUUAAUAAUUUCGUUGCUUUAAAUAUUUGAAAAAAGAUUGCAUCUGUACACAAUUGAUUUGAAGAGCGAGAUGUGUAAUGAUAGGAAAAGUAUUAUUUCAAAAUAAUAUUUCUUUUUCAAAAUUUCUCAGGUUGAUUAAAAGUCUAACAUUAAUUAGUACAUACGAACUUUUAAGACUUUUAUAGAUAGAGUAGCAUGUUGUACACUGUUAAAUCAAUUUACAAUAUUUUGUUCAAUAAAUUAUAGUUAUAAACAUAA